CGGCAACCAGCUGGGCGCAUGCGCCUUCUGCCAGGUGGUGCGUCCUGGAACUAUGGCGACUGCGGCAGGCCACCCCGCGGCCCUGCGGCUGCGGCUGCUCCUCUCGCCCCUGAAGUCCGGGAUCCGCGUGCCCCAGGCCGAGCCCGCAGCGGCCUUUGGCACUGCAGUAACUUCUGCCAAGCUAGCUGUGAAUGGCGUUCACCUGCAUUACCAACGAGUGGGCGAAGGGGAGCAUGCAGUUCUCCUACUUCCUGGGAUGUUGGGAAGCGGAAAGACCGAUUUUGCACCUCAGCUUCAGAGUCUAAAUAAGAUGCGCUUCACGGUGGUGGCGUGGGACCCUCGAGGAUACGGACAGUCCAGACCCCCAGAUCGAGAUUUCCCUCUGGACUUUUUUGAAAGGGACGCCAAGGAUGCUGUUGACUUGAUGAAGGCACUGCAGUUCAAGCAGGUCUCCCUCCUGGGCUGGAGUGAUGGCGGCAUAACUGCGCUCAUUGCUGCUGCAAAGUACCCAUCCUAUAUCCGCAAGAUGGUGAUCUGGGGAGCAAAUGCCUAUGUCACUGAGGAAGACAGCAGGAUUUACCAGGGUAUCCGAGAUGUUUCUAAAUGGAGUGAGAAGGCAAGGAAACCUCUGGAAGCCCUAUAUGGAUAUGACUACCUUGCCAAAACCUGUGAGAAGUGGGUGGAUGGCAUAAGCCAGUUUAGGCAUCUGCCGGAUGGUAACAUCUGCCGCCACUUGCUGCCCCUGGUCCAGUGCCCUACCCUCAUCGUGCACGGGGAGAAGGACCCGUUGGUCCCACGUUUUCAUGCGGACUUCCUUCUCCAGCAUGUGAAAGGGUCACGGUUGCAUCUGAUGCCAGAAGGCAAGCAUAACCUGCACUUACGUUUUGCAGAUGAAUUCAACAAGUUGGUAGAAGACUUUCUCUCAUGAAACUUCAGGAAGCCUUGGUGUCUGGGGGCUUCUGUAUUGAAGGAUCAUGGCUCUAUGCAAGCAGGAAAAAUCACAUACCCAAUCAUGUGAUAGCUUCAAUAGCUGUAAAAAUAUGAGCAUUGUCAUUUUUAACAUUAAAUUGUUUCUACCAUUCUCUUAAAAGCAAAUUCUUACCAUAAUUUGUUUUCAAAUAAGUCUAAUGGGAAUCAUCUGUAGUGUUUGUGUAUUUUAGGAUGUUUUGAAUUUGCAAGAUACUUUUAUUGCUUGAGAGUUAAAAGCUAUUGCUUUAGUCCUAGGUUUGACAAGUUCAUAGGGUAUAUAGAAUCCUAACUAAAACACUAACAGUGCUAUUGCACCCUGAAGCUUUGUAUUUCAGAAACACUAACAUGAUGUCAAGGAAGACCACAGGUUUUAUACACAUGCGUUUUUAUUAGUAUAGAUUUCUUAGACAAUACUGUAAUCUUGAAAGGAGGUUCAAACUAUGACAUCAACAGUGAAUUUCUGACAGAGGCAAACUGAGCACCAUAAUUUACAAAUAGAAAGACCAUGCUGGAGAACAACAGAAGUUCACUAAGGGUGCACAAUGGAUGUUAUCUAAGAAGUUCUUAAGCCUCAUCCUCGCCCUCCUCCUCCUCAAACUCGCCCUGCUCAUCAGCCGUGGCAUCCUGGUACUGCUGGUACUCAGACACCAGAUCAUUCAUGUUGCUCUCCGCCUCGGUGAACUCCAUCUCGUCCAUGCCCUCUCCCGUGUACCAGUGCAGGAAAGCCUUGCGCCGGAACAUGGCAGUGAACUGCUCCGAGAUGCGCUUGAACAGCUCCUGGAUGGCAGUGCUGUUGCCAAUGAAGGUGGCUGACAUCUUGAGGCCUCGAGGAGGAAUGUCACACACGGCCGUCUUCACGUUGUUGGGGAUCCACUCCACGAAGUAGCUGCUGUUCUUGUUCUGCACGUUGAGCAUCUGCUCAUCCACUUCCUUCAUGGACAUGCGGCCCCGGAAGAUGGCAGCCACGGUCAGGUAGCGGCCAUGGCGGGGGUCGCAGGCGGCCAUCAUGUUCUUGGAGUCGAACAUCUGCUGGGUGAGCUCGGGCACCGUCAGGGCUCGGUACUGCUGGCUGCCCCUGCUGGUCAGAGGUGCGAAGCCUGGCAUGAAGAAGUGCAGGCGUGGGAAGGGCACCAUGUUCACAGCCAGCUUGCGCAGGUCUGCGUUCAGCUGGCCUGGGAAGCGCAGGCAGGUGGUCACCCCACUCAUGGUGGCUGACACCAGGUGGUUGAGAUCCCCAUAGGUGGGCGUGGUCAGCUUCAGGGUGCGGAAGCAGAUGUCAUACAGGGCCUCGUUGUCGAUGGAAUAGGUUUCAUCUGUGUUCUCCACCAGCUGGUGCACGGAGAGGGUGGCAUUAUAGGGCUCCACCACUGUGUCAGAGACCUUGGGCGAGGGCAUGACACUGAAGGUGUUCA